CCGCCUCAGGAGCGCGCGGGAGCCGCGGCCAUGACGGGCAGCGAUGAGGGCGGGAGCGGCCCUGCGGCGCCCCGCGCCCGGCCGCGGCUCGGAGCCUCGGCGUGAGGGCGUCUGUGCGCUCUGCCUCCUCCAGCGCCUCGCCGCGGGGCCGGGCCGACAUGGCCAGCCCCGACCAGUGGGAGCGCCUGAAGACGCUGCAGCCGGACGCGGUGCGUGUGAGUGAGGCACCAAUGAUUGACCUGAAUGUUCACAAGGACACACAGCUUGUGAAAAAAACUGUGGACAUCAAAAGGCCUCGAUUUGAUGCAUCCUUGGUGCUUUUGACACGAAAAUUUAUGGCUCUUCUCAGAAAAGCUCCAGAUGGUGUUCUUGAUUUAAAUGAAGUAGCGACAACACUUGGAGUACGAAAACGAAGAGUAUAUGACAUCACCAAUGUGUUGGAUGGCAUCGACUUGAUUCAGAAAAGAUCUAAGAAUCAUAUCCAGUGGAUAGGUAACAGUCUUGACCAACUUAUUGGAAAAGCACCAGAGCAGCAGAACCUUAAAGAUGAACUUUCUGACUUAUCAGCCAUGGAAGAAGCUCUGGAUGAAUUAAUCAAGAAUUGUGCUCAUCAGAUAUUUGAACUAACAGAUGACAAAGAAAAUGCAAAACUAGCUUAUGUGACAUACCAAGAUAUCCGAAGUAUUCCAGCAUUUCAGGAACAGAUUGUGAUUGCAAUCAAAGCUCCAGAGGAAACCAAAUUGGAAAUACCAGUUCCUAAAGACGAUCACAUAGAAGUACAUGUGAAGAGCACAAAAGGACCCAUUGAUGUGUAUCUAUGUGAGGUGGAAAAAGAGAAUCCAGGUGCCGAAACUUGUGAAGAUAUGGAUACUGUCCUUAUCUAGUGAAACUGAGACAUUCAUUUUAUCCUGAUGAAGUGAGAUCUCCGAUGGAAGAGAAAAAAACAUUUGAGAUGCCAGAUUAAUUACAACACAAAAAUCUAAUAUAGAAUGUAAAUAUCUGUGUUAUAGGGCUUUUCCAAACUGCUUGGAUCUGCAAACUUCAUAACCUGAAAUGUUCCAAAAUGUUUUAAAAAUCCAGCAGUGGAUUGGUUGAGUGCUUUCACAGGAUUGCUUAUCUUCCCAAGUCAAAGGACAACAGUUUCUGGAGUUGCGUUUAGGAGCUUUGUUUUCUUAAUUGCAUAUGACCUACAGAGAUUUGGGUAAAAAGUUUUUUACCUUAAAUUUUUAAUUGACAGAAAACAAAGAUAAUUAAUUACUUCUAAAAUUUAAGGUUGGAGAACAAUUUCUGGAACGGUCCACAAUCUGCAUGAGAAUGUAUAAAAUGAGGAAAUGCACUUUUCAGCUCUGAGGCAGCACUACUAAGCAGGAUUGUCAAAUACAAGUGUAACAAUGAACUGGCGUAUUGGAAGCCUUUGCUAUAAAGAACAAGAUGUAAAUAUCCCAGGAGUUAUGCUUUACACCGUGUAAGUGCUGUUUGCAUCCAGCUCUACAUGAACUAUGGUAUCAACACUGAAGUGAAAUAAUUGGGCCUUGUGUACAUACUUGUAUAAUUUCUAGGUAGUUACUGAUGUACAUUUAUUGAGAUGGUUUGCAUUUCUGCCUCUGUACAGCAAAGAAAUAAAAUAAGCUUACAAAAACAUUAAA